UCAAGGAAAGUUUGGACCUUGCGGUCUUUAUAUGAUGGGGGCAAUGCAAAUCUUUUGUGAAGCCAUUUUCUCUUCCAUGAGCUCGCUUUGUCAGGCUGCUUAAAGUGGACGAAUCUGCACCAUUGGAUAUGGCCAAUGAUGAUACCAGAGAAUCCUCCAUUGGGAAUACAGUUGACGCUUUGAAUCAUCCCAAGGACAAUGGCAAUGCAGUUCAAAGAAGAAGACACCGCCGCAAUUUGCCUUCAGUGAAUAGUUUCCCUCAGCUGAAUGGCACCGAACCUCAUCUUCCCAAGUCUACUAAAGAACUCACAUUUAUGAAAAUCCUCAUAAUUUUGGCUGCAUACCUUGGUGUAGGAAGCUUUUGUUUCUUUCUCCUGAGGAACCAAAUCUCGGGCAAGAAGACGAAUGGUCUACUCGAUGCCCUUUACUUUUGUGUUGUUACCAUGACUACUGUGGGAUAUGGAGAUCUCGUCCCAAGUAGCACAUUGGCGAAAAUUCUAGCCUCGACAUAUGUUUUCGCAGGAUUGGCUCUUAAUGGGCUGAUCCUAGGCAAAGCGGCCGAUUACAUUCUUGAAAAGCAGCAAGAUCUUUUAGUAAGAGUUAUGCACAUGAAUGAAAGGGUUGGUGAGGCCGAAAUCCCGGUCGAAUCCCACAAAAUCAGAUAUAUUCUCACUUCCCUCGUCCUUGUCAUGGUCCUUACUGUACUUGGAACUGUGUUUUUGUCGGUCCUCGAGAAAUUUAAAUUUGUCGAUGCUUUCUAUUGUGUUAGCGUGACUAUUAGUACUCUGGGCUAUGGAGAUAAAAGUUUUUUGACCACCGGUGGCCGAAUCUUUGCCGUGUUUUGGAUACUGGCUAGUACCAUUUGUGUGGCUCGGUUUUUUUUCUACCUUGCUGAACUGUACACAGAAAGCAGGCAACGAUCAUUCAUAAAAUGGGUUCUGACACGAAAUAUUACGAGGUUGGAUUUAGAGGCAGCAGAUCUUGAUCGUGACAAAGUUGUCAGCACUGCAGAGUUUGUCGUAUACAAGAUACAGGAAAUGGGAAAGAUCAGCCAGGAAGAUGUUACGGCUAUCUUGGAAAGUUUCCGGAAUCUUGAUGUCGAUCACUCUGGAGCUUUGACAGCAUCUGAUUUAGUUCAGGCCGGAAAUUAGGGGGUUUUGCUGCUUGUUUCGAAGGGUUAUACUUACAUUAGUCUUGUAUCACUCAUAUGCACCGCGGUUACUUGCUAAUAAUGCUGAAGUUUUUUCUGCUAGCUCCAA